AUUAACAAACUCGUGAUGUUAGGAGUGAGAGAAAGAGACAGCACAGGAGAGAGUUAAGUGUAUUUCAUAUAAUUCUUAUACUAUAGGGUUGACAUUCGCAACCGUGGAGUUAAUAAGUGAGAUGAGCGUCGGAAUUGUUUUGAGAAGGUCAUGGAUGACCGCUGGUCCAAAGUGAAAGUGUUGAUCGUUUCACGCGCAUGUUAGGCUUCCUAUUCCACGUCGGCCUUUAUUUCGGCAAACAUGACGCGAUUUGCGCUGGAACAAGUCACCGAUUUCGGCGAUUUCACUGGAGGAAAGGAUUUAAAAGAGUUUUUAAAACAGGCGUAUUCCAACAUCUCUCAAAACCGCCUUUCUGAUGUUCGCGUGAGUCCAGAUGGACGUCACAUUCAUGUUAUUGUGCGUCAGCCCAACAGUGCUCUCCUGACAUAUGACAGAUAUCUGAGACCCCAUCUCAUGCAGUCACAGAAACAUGCUGCUUUAGCGUUAACACGGAAUGUGCCUAUAUUGGAUGUGAUUUAUAUUGCCCAAAGCAAUGCGGAAGACGGGCCCUCAGUGCUGGGAGUGAUUUUUGAGAAUGGAAAAGUGGAAUUCUGGAAAUUCCUGGAGUGCAAAUCAGGCUGGCAUUUACUACACACUGUGGAUCUGUGUAACAGCCCCAGAGCAAAAGUGAUAUCUGUGUGCAUGUGUCAAAAGUUCAUUAUAUGGUGUGAAGAAAGACCCCCAUCUGAGAGCUCUGGUAAUGUGUGCAGCAACUUCAGAUAUAUGUGGAUUCUCACCUACUGGAUUUGGAGAUCUCCUGCUUCUCCUCAGCAGUGGAUGGGUGUGCGUUUUGAAGAGGGACGGCAGUCUACAGAAGAUACUAAAUGUGGCUUGGAAUUGGGGAGAAUAAAUCUGAAAAGGGAGGGCCUUCUCUUUGUGAACUCUUUGGACAGUCACUCUCCGCAAAUGUUGUCAGAGACGGGGGUAUUUGUGGUUACGCAAAAAGAACUGGAUGCUAAACUGAAGCCUUCGCCGACAUGUUCAGAGGCCAUUGACUCAAGUGCAAUCUUGGUUGAAGCUGUGUUUGAGGAGGCGUGUAAAUAUUAUCAGCAAAGAAGUAUUAGUAGCACACAGCUCACAAUGGAGAAGCUCAAAAGAGGAGGGAUGUUUCAAGCCCCAAUUUCACUUGCAGCCAUCCUCAGGGACUACCUCAGCAACCAGAGGACCAAAAGUGCUGAGAAAAAUUCCUCAGGUCAAGAAAGGUUGAUCCAUUCUCUCGAAUCCGAGCUUAGAAGUCUCGUUUUGCUAGAGGAUGUUAAAACAGCAAUGGUGAAGGCCUCUGACAAGGAUCUGGGAAGCUACUGUGAAAGUCUGGUGCAGCAGGAAGUAUGCAGGCUGCUCAGCUCUGAAAUAGAGAAGGAAAACCUUCAAUACCUGAACAGCAUCUUCCAUCUCUUUCCUGCUGAAUCCUGGCAUGCCAUGCAGGCUGUCCUACAUCUGAGGUGCGACAGUGAGGGUUUGUUAUCUUCCAAGGCCCCUGCUGAGUUAUGGAAAAUCAUUCUCAGCCCUGUCCAACCGACAGCAAACUUUGCACACUGCAAUGGUCAACAGAAACACACUACAGUGAAUGUUGCACUACCUGUCUUUGAGCUGUUGUGCCACUCUAUCUUCAAAUUCCAGCCCAGCUGGCUCCCCAGGUUUCUAGAGCUGGCACAACAGCAGGCAGGCACGUCCUCUACCUCUUCGUGGAGUUACGGCGUAAAGGAGAGCUCUGAGAGCUUGCCACUUUAUAAACGGGCCUUGACAGUGCUCCCAUGCAAAGGAGCCAACCAACACCUUCAAGUGGAGUUGCUAUUGUGCAGUCAGAGGCCUAAAGCAGUAAUGCAGGCUUUGCAGAUUCUCAUGAAACAGGGCCAGUGGGAGCAGGUCACCCAAGUAGCUGAGAGGUUUUGCCGGCAAAGCCCACUUCUAAAUAAAGAGAUAUUCAGCACUCUGCUGUGUAAAGUGGCCCAACAUAGGGAUCUGGACCCAUACUUGGACCUGUUGUGGACCCUGUGCCCAGAGGACAUGACUGUCUCUAGCAUACUUAAUAUAGUAUUGACAAACCUGCCUCUAUCCACGCAGAACUCGGGACCAUUUGAGGAUCAUGGCAGCCAGGUCACAAUUGGCCUUCUGAAACCACUACUGAGGAAAGUUCUCCAAAGGGAGACUAAACCUAGCCAGAGGUAUGCAGAUAUCCUUCAGUCACCCUCCACGAUACCUCCACCUACUCCUCCACGCUGGGCAAAGGGAUUGUCCAGAGCUGGUGCUGAGAUGGACACUGAGCUUCAGGAACCUAAGCAGAGAACUUUCCCUGGUCCUCAGGUUACAUCUCAGGCCAGUCCUGUUUGACUUUCCCACUCACAAAUCAUAUGGCUACCCUUCCUAUAGAGAGAUGACUUCUAUUCAAUACUGAUUUCCUGGUCUUAAGAAGUAUUAUUUACUAUGCAUGGUCUGAAGAGCAUAAUGGGGCUUUUCUGAAUCAGGCGAUAUUUCAUUAAAGGGAAAAAGUUCACCCAAAAAUGAAAAAUUUAUUUUUCAUUAUUUACUCACUCUAAUAUCAUUCGAAACCUUUUUGACUUUCUUUCUUCCAUGGAACACAAAAUAUUUUAGGCAGAAUGUUAGGCACAGGAUGCACUUUCAUUGAAUGAAAAAAAAAAAGAUUCAAUGAAAGUGAAUGGUGACUUAGGCUAACAUACUGCCUAAAAUCUCCUUUUGUGUUCCAUGGAAAAAAGAAAGUCAUAUGAGUUGGAAAAAUAUGAGGGUGAGAAAAUAAUGACAACUUUUAUUUUUGGAUGAACUAUCCCUUUAACAAUUAAAAUUGUGAAGUACUAACUGGAAUGUACAGCUGUUUAAUUACUGCUUGAAUUACUACUGAUACAGACUAAUAUAUGUUGUUUUAAUGUUUAUUUGGUUUACCGCAUUUCAUCAUGUGUUUGGCUUAUGGACUGGUCUGUUUUUAACAGUAUUCCUAUUUCUCUUUUUUUUUUUUAACCUUCAGAUAUGUCCUUUUAAUGAACCAUCACAUGCAGGCAUGCUGUCACCCUGUUUCUAUUGCAAGGUCAGAGAUGACUAAGCAUUAAAAGCAAACUGUCCUUAUCAUAAUUUCAUGCUCUAGAUAAUUUAUUUAUAAGCCCUUAGCACCAUGAUGUCUUUUUUGUUGUUGUUGUUUCGUUGACACUACAGUACAGUUUGACAUCAUAUGCUGGUGUAAUUAUUUUAAGACAAUCACGUCUGGAAGACAUAUCACAGCUAAGAUUUGUAUUAAUGAGGUGAGGAGUAAAUGUACAGCAAUAUAUCACGUAAUGUGCAUGCUGAUGCAUCAAACUGUUUAGACUUGGUAAUUCAAUGAUAAUCAUGCUAAAUGCCUUACGAAUGUGUCUGAAGAUUGCUCUUGUAUCGGCAUGUCUUUGACUUUGUAUAGAGCUAUUACAGGGAUUUUAACAUUGUAGAACACAAUUAAAUGUGACUUAAUUUAUUGCAGCUA